AUGUGGAUGGACACAGUCAGCUAUCUGUUUCGAUCAAUCGCCAGAACUCUCUACAGCCAUCAUUCUACCUUCAACAUAUCUACCCAAGCGCACUCUAAGCCUCGGAAGCUGAGGAUUAUUCACGUCGGUGCUGGAGCUUCAGGUCUCAUGACUGCUUACAAGGCCGAGCGGAUGCUUCAGAACUAUGAGCUGGUCCUCUAUGAUAAAAACCCAGUCAUAGGCGGGACGUGGUAUGAGAACCGCUACCCAGGAUGUGCUUGUGACGUACCUGCACAUAUUUAUACGUACUCGUUUGAACCAAACACUGAAUGGUCUCGCUACUACGCAAACUCUGCCGAGAUUUAUGAGUAUUUCCUCAGAUUUGCAAAGAAUUAUGAUUUUGAAAAAUAUGCUCAGUUACGAACGACUGUGAUCAGCGCGAAUUGGGAUGAGACCGUAGGGAACUGGGCGGUUAAGUUGAGCCAAGAUGGCAAGGAAAGAAUGGACUAUUGCGAUGUAUUGAUGAAUGGAUCAGGAGUCAUGUUACUCAUAUUCUGGCAGGGCCCGAUAUAUCCUGGCCGAUCCUCGUACAACGGCACCAUAGCUCACAGCGCGACCUGGGACCCCAAGAUUACUUGGGAAGGCAAACGAGUUGCACUUAUCGGAACAGGCUCAAGCUCUGUUCAGAUGCUACCAGAGCUUGCAAAAGGUUCAAAGAGCCUUCACGUCUUUGCCAGAAACUCCGUAUGGAUCGUCCAUUCACUGGGCACAGAUCUCAGCAAGGCUAACGAAGACGCCCAAAGUCCUUCUGAGCAACCAAGCACCCAGAUUUAUGCCGAAAGGGAUAAGGAUGAGUUUCGUAAAGACCCUGCGACACAUCUACAGUAUCGCAAAGGUCUUGAGGCAACCUUGACACGCAACUUUCCAUUCUUUCUCAGGGAUUCACCAAUGAACGUAAAGGUUGUCUUUGAGGGCGUUUCAAGAUUCACUCCCACUGGACUUGUCACGAGCGAAGGGAAGGAGUUUGACUUCGACCUGAUUGCCUGUGCUACAGACUUUGACAUCUCAUAUACUCCUCAUUUCCAAAUAACCGGUAUCGAUGGAGUCACCAUGAAGGACGAAUGGUCCGAGAUAUGUGAAACACAACGCACUUCAUGCAGCCGGAAGAAUAACAACUGA